CCCACAUCAUUUGGAUGACAAAUCAACUUCCGCUCCGUCAGAUCUCUUUCUAGUUUGAUCGUCAAACAAGUGAGUUCUGUAUUAUUUUCGUGCUGCUCUCGUUUCGUGUCCAGCGGACUUAAAAAAUGCGUUACGUGGCUGCAUACCUUUUGGCUGUCCUGGGCGGCAAUGCCUCCCCUUCAAAUGCUGACAUCGAGAAAAUCCUCAGCUCUGUCGGUAUUGAAGCGGACUCGGCUCGCGUCUCCAAAGUAGUGAAUGAACUGAAGGGCAAAUCUGUGGAGGAGCUGAUUGCUUCCGGCCGUGAAAAGCUAUCAUCUAUGCCAGCCGGUGGUGCUGGUCCAGCUGCCCCUGGUGCCGCCGCCGGUGGUGCUGCAGCUGCCGCACCAGCCGAAGAAAAGAAGGAGGAAAAGAAGGAGGAAUCCGAGUCCGAGGAUGACGACAUGGGAUUCGGUCUCUUCGAAUAAGAGAUUCAUCCACAUCACGAGGGAUGUAACGAAAACCAUUCGUUUGAAGGGUAUAAUUAUUUAUUUCCGUGAAAUAAAUAUGGCAAGAAAAUAAAGAAUUGUGGAAAAUUCAA